UAAACAGUCUAGCAUGAUUUACGUUACAUGUAUUUCAAUAAAAUGCAAUCGACAUUCGUUGGAAUUAUUUAUAUCUGAAAUCGCUGUAAAUGCGUCAAAUUUUAUAAUUUACUUUAUUCUUAAAAUCGAUCGCGAAACAUAUCUGUCUUUUAUGUGAUUUAGUGGGAUCGAAAGUAUUUGAAAUUUAUACAAGAUUAACAGGUACGUUGAAAACGUUAGAUAAUUCAUGGAUAAAAAUACCCACGCCGUACGUCAAAUUUUUCGCUCGUUUCAUUGUUCCGUGUAGAGAAUUUUGUUUUAGGUCAACAGCCAGUAAUCUGCCAUUUUUCUUCGUGAUGUUCGUUGACUUUCAUUUCGUAGAUUACCAUUUGCCUUUCAAUAUGUAUAUAUAAGUUUGGUCAUUUCUCGUUCGCAAGGAAUUUCGAUUUGUUUCCGUGAGAGAAGAAACGUUAGACGAGAAAAACGAUAACAUGUACAUUUGUUGACUCGAGAAAGGGGUGGAGCAAUUUUGGAAAAUCCUGGAUUAACAUCGAGUUCUUUGAUUUAACCGCAAGUUCAUUCGUUAAGAGUUUAAACCCUUUCCUUUCUCUGUUCUCCUGUACUGUACCUAUUUAAGCUCGAUAUGAUUUUAUCUCAUUACCUGUCGUCCCCGUGAAGACAUUCCCUUACUUUGUCAAUUAUUUCGUCAUCAAUUAUAUUAUUGCAUCGUUUAUCGAACACAAAUGGUUUACUCAAGAGGAACAAAGAGGCAUCUGAAUAUCAGGUAAAACGAAACUUCUUCGUCGUUAUAUAUCCAUAAAAUAAAUCAAAGAGAAAUGUGCUUAGGUUAACGACGUGUCAAAUAACAGCUGACAUAGUAGCCAAGUUCAUUUCGUUUGGAUAAAACAUCGUUAGCUAUACGUAUCGUUUGUUAACAACAUUUCUCUUCAAUUUUAUUUUAUUUUAAUUGAACAUGAUUUAAUACAAAAGUGUCAAUGCUUCGCUCAUCUAUUCGAAAUUAUGAAUCUUAGGCGCGUGUGAUAAAUAGAACAAAUUAUUUUCUUAAACAGAGGUUGAAAAGUAAGAAGACAACGAGAGGAUCGUAUUCCAGCCGGGGUUAGGUGGAUCAUGCACCCUACAGCUGCACGAGCUAGUCGAUCGUCCAUACAAUCUUCGAUUCCGUCCGCAUCAACCCCGUCGUCCCUCGUACAUCCGCAGCAACAACAAAUUCUUUAUGGUCCUAUUGCUAAUCCGACGUUGACUCUUCAAGCAUGCGGAAGUGGUCUGCAUCCCUCGUGUAUUUAUCCAGGAGCGCAACGUAACGCUGGUCUCGCUAAUCCUGCUCCUUUGCAUAUACAAGGCAAAAGCAGCAGAUGGCCAGCCAAAAAUAAACUCGUACGAAAUCAACAGUAUUGCCAACAACAACAGCAGCAGCAGCAUAUUCAACAACAGUUAUCCUACAGCCCGAAACCUUUGGUUCUGUAUGAUCAAACGACGAACAAUGCUCCGAUACCUCCACCAACUACUUCCUUUUUAAUUGCUUCCUCGACGUACACGCAUGGCUCUUUCUCUGGCGAUCAGUACAACAAUUCCGGAAUUACGUUGAUACCACAGCCCUACUUUAAGCCUCCAGAUGUACAAACGUUUUGUCUAAUUCAAGAUCGACAAAAUAUUCAGCAACAGGAACAACCAUCGCACAGCUCCUAUUAUAAUAUCUCAGCUACAAACACUUGCAACUUGCAAGCAAUUAAUGGCAAUUCAGCGUUUCAAUUUCCUAAUCUCAGUCCUUACGCAGCUACGACAAAUUUCACCAACGGCCAAGUCACGGGUCCUGUUCAAACAGUACACUCUAAUCAAAUCUACCCUAAUCAUCCAGCGAGUUUAGUCUACGGUAGCCUACAAAGAGACAAACCUGCAGCCACUGCUGCCACACUUGACAUUGCGCCCCUUAAAGUCGGCAAAAGCAAAAUACCUACAGACGAUACCUCUCGAGUUACCCCGAUAUCUUCUGAAAAUUACGACGAAUGGCCCCUUCAAACGAUUACCUCUCCCUGCAACGACUUGUUCAACAUAAAACCGAGUACAGAGGAUGAGGCAAACCGAGAAACCAAGACGAGUUCUUCGGAAAAAGCUACAUCGAACGUAUGUACAAAAGCACAGGAGGAACAUUAUUCCGACGAAUCGUCUACCAGCUUCGAUUUUACGAUCGAGGCUGAAAAGAUGGUUUCAGCGCUUUGCAACAUAUCUUCGAACGAUAUUAAUAAGGAGGAAACGAAAACCGAGAAAUCCAAUUCGACACCGUUGUUUAGCGGAGCUGGCGAUACCGCGUCAAAUAAGAAUACUUGGUUCACCGAAUUCUGUGCGGAUUAUGGGAGUGGUACGUCAAUAGCUGUUCAAACGGACGGACCGUGCCUAGAUAGGACACAGUAUCCGGAACUGUUGCGAAAAGUCGUUUACUGGGGAUGCACGGAAGCCGAAAUCGUUUUAAACGAUAGUUGCAAAACAAACGCCAGAUGCAGUUGGUUGAAAAAUCUGUCUACCGCCACUAAAACAGCAGUUACCAAAUCUUCCACUUGUUUCCCAAUUUUCGCCGGAGAUCGUGUUUUCGUCGGCGAUCUGAUAAACGCUUUGUUGCGCAUUAGCAACGGGUGGCUUGUUCUUGAUAAUUAUUUGAACAAGCAGCACUAUCCAAGCUUGAACGAUAAAUUCGACUGCGAGUUGCUGAGAUGCUUUCGUUUGUGGGAAGAGAGCACACACGAGCUACUGAAUCAGAUCAUCCACGCCUUCUUAAAGCUCGAAGAAAACAGCAAUGCUUCUAAUUUCGAGCAAAGACCAGAAUCAUUUGGAACCUCUUUUCCAGGUGACGUUUCAGUUUACACGAAUCGCGACUUGUUUGAUCCAUCUUCAACUAUGAUUACAUCGAAACAGAAGCCCGAUAAUAAAAAGAACAAUCGAGAUUCCAGUAACGGUGCGCAGCUAUCGACCGGCAGCCUACGAAAUUUCAGCCUGUACAAUGCGAGCCAGGAGAAACAGUCGUCCCAAAAAGAAUCGAAAUUACGAAGUAAGUGGACCGUUACUGAGAACCUAACGACAAUAGACAGCACGAAAUCCGUGCCUGAUAUGUUCUUAGGGCACGCGGAACCUGCAGGUCAACCGAAUAGUAGAUUUCGUUCGAGAGGAAGCUCGUCCUCUGCCAAGACAGACACAUCCACGCAAUCGUUGAACGCAGAGUUUUUUCACCUGAGAAGCAAAAUUCUUACGGAAAGCAAUCAGGAUCCUUCUAGACAAUGGUUAUUCAAGGAGAAGAAACAAGAAUUCCCCGAAAAUAAAGUUUCGCCGCAGGAAAAUGCCGAUACCGUGUUUAGACUACAGCGACAGUUAGAUGAAAAUUGUGAGAGCAAUUAUGCUCAAAAAUGUUUAUCGAGGGUGGAAUCUUCGUUUCUGAACCCUUCCAUUAGUUUAGAAUCUAUAUACUUUCCACCCACCAACGACCACGAAAAUUUUUAUCCUAGUUACGCUAUUUGUCCGCCCUAUACGGUAGAUUACGGUAGCAAAAAUUCAAAGAGCUCCGAACAAAAUCACAGGAAUAAAACAAAUAUGGAUUUGGUUUAUGUUGGCAAAUCGUCCACGAGUCAAUUGGAGCUAGCGGCUGUGCCAAAGGAUAAGAUGACGCUGCUUAGCCAAAUCGAACCGAGUAUCCCGGAGAAAUCAUCGGAAGAGAUGACUGCCAAUUUGUCAGCUUGGUUCGCCAGUAUGAGAAACACUGAUAAUAGACAAAUGCCAUUUAUGAAUCCGGCGGAUGUGAAUACGGAGACCGUUGUGCCACGUGGGUCGACACGCGCAGAAAUAUCAAAAAAUACGAUGGAUCUCGGUAGCUGCAUCAGACAGUUGCAUAUCGACGCAAAUCGUCAGUUCCAGACGCUGCAAAAUAUACAGAGCGUUCAGACUACACCCUGGAACACUUAUAAUUUGAUCAAUAAUCGCGUUCAAGUGCAGCAGGUACCCGAAGAAUAUGACAGUUCCGAAGAUGUUCGAGUAUACAUGAAACCAGGAAGCUACAACGUGCCAAAAAAAAGACAUCAAAGAAGAUCAAAUCGUCGUUUAGAGAGCUCCGCAUCUCGAAACGCUGCCAAUGGGUCCUCGAACAAUCACCGCAAUCAUUACGUUACCAACAAAGAGAAAACGUUUUGCGCUCCAGCGUCGUCUACUCCUGUGUCUCGACCUACCGCAACUCCUAUAUCUAGCGAUGUUAAUAAUUGCGCAAAUACAAUAAAAGUACCUUUCCCGGCGACUCCGAUCGUACCACCUCCUACCUUCUCCCUUGAAAAUUCACCUAGGAUUUUAAAACGAUCCGAUACAUCAAAUUAUACCGUUUCGGAAGAUGUUACUUGGAAAGCAGCCUGCGCUUCCGCCGAGAUUCUGUUAGAGGCGUUGAACGUAAAAGAGGAUACGGACUUUAAGAAAACAGAGAUCGAUCGAGUUGACAUUAGCGAAAAGUUGGAAAGUGUGAAAGAGAACGAGAACGACGAUACAACGUCCCAAGCGGCGCAGAAUCGUGAAAGAUUAGACGAAAGCCUUUCGAAAAAUUUGAAGGACAGUAACGAUGGUUGCGGAGGCGUUUCGAGCUACGAAGCGUCCGAAGAUGACUCGGGCUCCACGAAUCAUUUUUCUCUCAACACAAGUAUCAACGAAGCUCUACAGUUGUCUGGUAAUAAAAAUGGUUCUAGUAAAAUGAAUGUAAAAACGGAUUCGUGGUUAAUCAAAACUUUGAACAACGCUAACAUGGCAAACAAGCAGAAACGACGAAAAAACAAUGCCAUUCCACAUAGCUCAGAAUCGUCAAACAGUUCCGUAACAGAGAAUGAACAGCCGGCUCCCGUUGUUUCGUUAGUGACCAACAGUACCGUAACAACUACGGUCGCAACAACUACGACGGUGAAGAAUCUUCAACAGACUAUUUGCUCGAGGAAAAGUUCGUGCAUUUCCUUAAACAAUGGCCAAACAACGUUGGGAGAGGCCGAACGUGUCAUAGGGAAGGCAACUUAUUCGGAGACUCUUCGACGUUGCGCAUCCUUAAGUACAUCCUUCUCGGAGAAGAAAGAAUUCUGCAAGAAGAGCAAAUUAAACAUCGCCAACGUAUCGACGAUUUGUAACACUGUAAUACCGAUCCCUGGGCGCAAGUGUCAAAGAAAAGAUUUCGAAAAAUCAUAUUAUCUCUUGCAUAAUAGAUCUCGUAAAUGUUCCGGGAAGAAAGCUACGAAAAAUUUCGAGGUUAAUGAUACUCAAGUGGAGGGAACAUCGAAAUCUACAAUCGCAACAAAACACGGGAAGAAACGGGAGAAUUCUGGAUGCAUCGAAUUUUUAGACGGGAAAUUUGGUGGGAAAGCCAGUGACAGAGGUUGGUCCGUAUGGUAUAGCUCGAAAAGAAAACAGAGUCUAAGUCCACUUGCGCUUAGCAAAUUAGAAAUGAUACAUCAAACAGUUUGGCAAAUGGAAGAAGCAGAAAUUUUCAAGUGUCCAUCCUCAGGAAGCAGUAAUGGAAAACAAUCCUCUUCUCACACGAUCGAAGACUAUUGUAAAGUUAUUAAAAGUCCGAUGUUCCUGGAAACGGUUGAAUACAAACUAAAGAAUCGAGUUUACCAUAAAGUAGAACAUGUGGUUAGAGACUUUCGUCGUAUCGUUUAUAAUUCAAAAUUAUAUCACAAGGAUGAUCAUGAUCGAGUAAAGACAAUUGAAAUACUGUCGAAGAAACUCGAAGAACUAUUCGAGGAACAUUUUGCGAGUUGGGACUUCGAUAAUAUUAGCGGUAGUCCAAGAGAAAGUUCGCCGGUGCUGCAUCGAUUUAAGACGGCUGGUCAAAAACCGGUAACUGGGCGUUACGGCAACACGAAGAAAUGUCCAUCUUCUUCGAUUACCGAUAACAUAUAAUAUUGCUCAUUAGAGUAUAUGCUUUCUGCGACAUCAAACUGCGCUUGGAGAAUUAUCGUGUCUAUCAUUCAUGGUGACAUUUUGUUGUGCACCUAUAAUUCAUAUUACUAUUAGAUUAACAGAUAACUGAUUGCAUCGAGUUUAUGUAAAAUUGUUAGAUUCGAAAUUAAGUAUAUCUGUAAGGAUCGGUCAUAAUAAUACGCUCUAGUCACGCAUCAGUUCGUAUUGUUGUCGCAUUGUAAGCGUUCUACGGUUUUUCUUUCGUAAUACAGCUUGCUACGUUAAAAUAUUUUUCGUCUAUUUUCAAACAAGUGAAAGUUUAAACGCUUAGUUUUCUGAUACAUACCUCCGUAUAAGAUAAUGCAUCUUAAAUGCGAAACAAGACGAUAGUUAUUGCUCUUUUUAUAUCAUUGAUAUUAUAUAUAUAUGAAAAA